CCAGGUACACAGUCAGCGCUAAGCGGAGUCGCUGGCGGCCGAAAUCAGUCGCAAUCGAGCGAUCAAACGCGUCACGGUGAUCAUACUUUCUUCGCAUGUGUGAGCGCUACAAACAAGACCUAGAGCAACAAUAUCAAAACACAGAAAUUUGAGCAGCGAAAUCCGGUCGGCAGGUUUUCGGUUUGUGCGGUUCUCGGUUAUUUCGAUCCGUUCGGUUUGAUUGGCAGCUUGGGUAAUCUAUCUUCCCCAAUGGAUAUGUCGGAAGCGGUUGUCAUGAAUCGCGUUUUUCGAUACUUUAUGAAGUUCCACGGGUACUUCAUAGCGUUCCUUACCAUCUUCUUCACAUCGGUGGUCAUCGUGACCUCAUUUACGGGCCGCAGUUUGCACGAGGAACCGUUCAUAAUCGAGGAGGAAUAUGAGCCAGUGCACAAAUAUCCAGUUUUAAUCCAGGUAGAAUCGGCACUAUGGCUGUGCGCAUCGGUGAUAUUAGCGAUCGGGGUGUACAAGGAGAACAAAAAGUUUCUCACCCCAUUCCUGGCGCUGUUCAUCACCGAUGGGGCGGUUGUGAUCUUGCAGGAGAUUGUGAACCUCUGCACCGGAAGGGGAUCCGAGCUGGCCACCAUCGAGCCCCGCCAGCUGGUCGUCAUGAUCCUGGUCAACGUGUACGUGUUGGUCAGUUUAAUCAUCCUGUAUCGGAUGUUCGCCAAAGGACCUCUACCGAGCAAUCAGAACAGCUUCGUACGAUUCGAUAACGAGCGGGACAUCGAAAGUCAAGUGCCGGCGCCUAUCGGCCCCCAGAGCCAGCAGCAGCAGCAGAUUCGCAGCUAGUGUUUCAACUUAAUCGUAGAAAUGGUUUUAGUCUUAAAGAUUGUUUGUUUUUGCCAGUAAUCGAUGAUCUGGCGCGAAGCUGUGUUAUACUUUUAAAAAACAUUGUUACAUCGAAUGAAUGGUUUGUGAAUGUACAUAUCUAAUUGAAUGAUGGCAAUGAAGAGAGAAGGGAAAGAGAGAUGAAACUUUCGAAGCACUUUUUAUUGACCGCAUCCAUCCACCGCCCGGCAGCUGACGGCACCACGGCACUGUCCGGCGGCCUCAGUCGAUCGGCUGGUUGUGGCGAAACGGUAGCAGUUUGAUUGGUGUGUGUGUGGGGAAGGUUUGUGGAGAAAGGUGAACCCGGGCGGGGAACCGAAGGUAAAUUGGAUAAUAAGUUUCGUUGGCAAACGGAGCGCGCCCGAGAACCGGCAGCCAUUUGGCAAGCGAAGGAUCAAUGGCGCAAAUGUUUCGAGUGUUUCGAGCGAUUGCGAUUGAAACGGAGCUGAGAAGUUAAAUGGAUACGACGACCAGCGGCUGAAGAAUUGUGUACCUUUCUUUAGAUGUAUUGAAUAAUGCUCCGGACUCAGCGGCUGAUGGAGAUGCGAUUAAAUUCUCGACACGCUCUCAACUAAUUGUUUGAAAUAGCUCAUUAACCCUUUCAAGACUGUUUGGGUAUAUACAUCCCAGUUAAGUUGAUUUGUAGAUGCUAGCUAUCAAUCUCUUAGAAAAUGUUGCACAUUGCUUAUUUGUGAAUGUGUCUUGUUCCAUUGUUCCAUUCCUGAAAAUCCAGUAACACAAUUUCUUGUUGUCAAAACGUUUGUUAUGAGUGAAAUAUCAUUGUAACAACGUUAUAAUUUCAUCUUCAGGAAGUGAAUCGUUUGUUGAACCCUUGUACAACUUGUUCAAAGAGAGCAGAAGGUUUCAUUACUAUGCUGAGUAUCCUAUGAAAUGUAAGUAAACCAAGAGGUAGGCUCGAUGUUAUAAAUUUUGGAUUCGGAUCGAGUGAGAAUCGAUAUUCUAAGUUGAAGCGUUCAUAGUUAUAACAGCUCACUUUUCCGUUGUUAACCAUGAAACAACGGAAGAAGUUCGUGACUUUUGGUGGUAGCUGAGAAACUGAUUUUUGCGAUGAUAAUGAUAAAAUUGAGUGAAAAACACAAUCAUAAUCAUCAAAUUGAUGUACCACUUAACAUUAAUUUGACAACAUAAUACUAAUGACGAAUUUCAUGCCAACACGACUUAAGAGUUGGCAGCACCAUAUCAGAUAGCAGUGAAACGUUGUGGGACAUGGGACUUUGAAGCAACUGUGUAUACUUGAAUCUUAAAAAAAUAUUACUACUUUUUGAAAAGGGCCAAAAAAAUUUUUCUUGAUUUAAAAAAAAUAUAACUUAAAAACUAUAAUACCUACAAAAUUAUGGUCAAAUGCUGAAAUGUAGUAAAUUGUUGGAAAUUUCAUAAAAAAAUGCCAAAAUUUAUUUUGGCAUUUUUUUAUUUAUUUUGAAAAAAAUAUUGCUGAAGAAAAAGAUUAUUUAAAAAAUUCAUUUUUCUCAAAAAUGUAUCUUUUCAAAAUUCUAAAAAUAAAUGGAAGAAUUUCCAACAAAGUUUUCGACCUUAUUAAAAUAUGAACUUUCGUUCACGACAUCAAUUUUUUAUCUAUUAUAGUUUGUGAAAUAUAAAGCAUUUUUGUAUGAAGACCAGGGUUACCAUAUCUACAGAAUAAUCUGUAUUUAUACAGGUUUAUCAUACUUUUUAAAACCAAGAUUCUGUAGAUACAGAUUACAGAUUUUUUUUUGUUUUCGUACAGAUUUACAAAUUUUUCAAAAUAACGAUCCAAUAUUAGUUAUGGCUUGAUCUAAAUAAUAUUUUUUCCCAACUCAACAAUUUUAUUCAUAUAACAUUUGAAUCAGUCUGAAUGAGAUUAAUUUUGGCAUUCAUAUGUAGCGUGUAGUACUGCUUCCUCAUGUUCAAUCUAAGGCGAAAAGAUGCAAAAGUCUGCGUCAUCGGCUAGCUUAACAAUAAAUAAAUAACACUGUUUAUAUUUUUCUUUAUAAAGCACAGUGAAUACGAAUUUUUAGGUGGGUGCCAUAAAAAUCGUCAAAUUCAUAAUAACUAUGCCAAUGAAUGAUAUUUAACCUAAGAUUAUGUUUCAAGAUUGAACUUCCUUUGGGGUCGAAUUAAAUUUCGAAAUGUGUACUGGUCGCGAAUUUUAUGUUAUGUUUUAAAAAUACACUCGAUAAAAAAAUUAGAGGAACAGAAUGCGAAGUUGGAAAUUUUAAGUGAUUGUUGACAUGCUGUAUCUUCGUGAAAAAUAAACGCAUAUCGAUGGGAUGCACAUCAUUUCAAAGCUACAACGUUCAGGUAUUAGAAUAUUUUUUGUACAUAUUUUUAUCUUGAUGUGUGUAGGUAUGGUGGGCAACAAUAUCGGGGAGAAAUGAAAAAUCGAUUUUCCUUUUUUUGUAAAGCACUAUGAAAAUCCUUUAUUCAAAUCGAUACAAAAAAUUUAAAUAAUUUUAAAUAUCUCUGUGUGGAAAGGUCCUUCAGAAACGUUCUUAAAACCAGAAAAAAGCUGAUUGAUGAGGUUAAUUGGAUUUGCUGUUGAGUUGGUUGGCAAAAAAUUGUGUUAGUUCACAAUAUUUUUGAAAAAAAUGGAAAAUCGAUUUUUCAUUUCUUCCCGAUAUUGUUGCCCACCAUACCUACACGCAUCAAGAUAAAAAUAUGUACAAAAAAUAUUCUAAUACCUGAACGUUGUAGCUUCAAAAUUAUGCGUCUCCCAUCAUUAUGCGUUGAUUUUUCACGAAGAUACAGCAUGUCAAAAAUCACUCAAAAUUUCCGACUUUGCACUCUGUUCCUCUUUUUUUUUUGUCUGGUGUAGUUACUAUAAUUCUUCUUCGUGUAAAAUCGUUUGCAUGUAUCACAAAAUAAUUUCCCUUAAAAGAUAAAUAAAAGAUCUUAAAAGAAAGAUUAAUCUUUCUGUUUGAACAUACAGAACCAUGCUCUUUACAUAAGCACAGUAUCGCAAUACAUGGAGUUUUCCAUUAAUCCUUUCCUCUAGCAUGGAUGACAACUUUUGUUUUUACUGAGUAACGUUAUACUUUGCUCCUAAUAAAAUCGUUGUGGUUCGUGAAUAAGUUCACAAGACAUUAAAAUUCGUUUAGAAAAAGGGUGAACUGAUACAUUGUAGGAUAAAUUAUAACCUUUUUUGCUUUCAGCCACCAAGCAGACAAACGACUGCAAAAGGGUUGAUACAGAUUUAGAUACAGACUUUCUAGGAAAAACACAGAUAAAAAGAUUGUUUAGAGACCAAAAAGACAGAUUUUAUUAUGGCAACCCUGAUGAAAACUCCUUAACAUUAGAAAGAAUGAAACUUUAUAUAUACUUAGAUUGCCCAAAAGCAGUCCAAAUGACUGCUUUGCGAAAGAAUAAAUAAUAUGUAAAGAAAUUGGUUUUCAACAAAUUUUCAAUAUUUUUUUAUAUUGUUUACAGUUAAAUGAUAAGUUGUUAGUAAAUAUCAACAAUGAGAAAAACAUUUCACUUGGAAAGAAAUUAUGCAUUAUUAUUUGUACAUUUUUUUACAAAGGAAAGUGGAAAUCUUUUUAUGUGUUUUAUGUUAAUCUUCCGCAAGAAUACUUUUGACAUUUUUUUAUGAUUAUCAUUUGUAUUUUUGUUUUAUAGUUGCAGCAAAGUCGUAUUUGACAAAUUUAGCGUUUGUUAGAAUGGUUUACAUCUGAUAAUUUUGCAGUUGAUAUUUGUGCGUCUUUAUAUUCAGAUGAAUUUUUCUGUCUUGCUGCUUUGUAUUCGGUAAAAAACUGUUCUGCAAAUUGAAACAAGAACUCUUUCCGGUUUAUUUGUCAUAUACAGUAUAAACCUGCACUUGGCCUAUGACGGAAAUAAUUGUUCAUCAAUUGUUCUAUUUAAGUCGAUAGCACGCCUGACUAUUUUCCGAAACCGAGGCGAAUUUAUUUGUUUGUAGGUGUCUACUUUUUUAGUUAUUUUGUCAAACCGAAGAAAUCAUAGGGUUUGCUAGAACCUUCCUGUGCCAUAAUUUUUCUAAAACAUGGGAUCCCGCUUUGGUAAGUAGAAAUAAACCAGAUUUAUUAUGUUAUACCUUGUAUGUUCCACGAGCAUAUAAAAUCCCAAUAUAUGCAUGUAUUUCCGGUAUUACAGUUGUUGUUCCUCGAGAUUCGGCAGCCUUCUUCUGCUGUGCACUUUCUAUUAUGUUUGAUAAUAUUGUUAUCUAUUAUCAACGAGAAAGCACUGAUAAUAUUAUCUGACAUAAUGUUCUUUCUUGCGCAGCCUGACGACCCUUUUACACUCUUGAAAGUAGAUGGCAGCCUUCCAGGAAUAUCACCUUCGUCAAAUUUUUACCACGCAAUACCGUCGGUUUUGGUACUCUGAAAGUUUUUUGUUUUAGAUGUUUCUGCUUUAGAGUCUGAACUUACUUAGUAUCCUAUACCUUUUUUUUGAGCAUAUUGAUGACACUUUCAAGUUCAUCAUUGGUGAUCGACUAUUCAACGUUAUCUUCAGUAUCAAAUGUUUCACUUUGGCUUUACAGAAAUUGAAACUUAUCAAGUGUACGCCCAAGUCCACAAUUUAUAUUUCAUUCUUUGAUCAAAAUUUUGUAGAUCUUAUAGUUUUUAAAUUAAGAUUUUUAGAAAAAAAGUUGGAAAAAAACCCGGUUUUUGGAAUUUGAGCGGUUUUUUUACGCGGUUUUCGGAAUUUACGCUUUUUUUACGCGUAUUUCGAUAUUUACGGUUUUUCUACGCGGAUAUCGAUACUUACGCAGUUAUUUUACGCGGCACAUAUCAACCGCGUAAAAAUUCAAUAUGUUAAUUAAUGUGACUUUCCACGAAAUGAGUUUGUGUUGUAUUGCUGAUUAGUAACUGAGAAAUAAAAAGAGAUACAGAUAUCAUAAUUGUAGCACGCAUAAAAAUUCAGUUAAUCAAUGGUUAGAAUAUGGGUUGCAUUUUUAACUAAUAAUUCACUGUUUGUUAGAUUUUUACACGGAUUUUGAAAACUACCCGGUUUAUUUUUACGCGAAUUUUGGAAUUUGCGUGGUUUUUUUUCACACGGAUUUUGGAAUUAACGCGGUUUUUGUUUACGUGGCACGUAUCUCCCGCGUAAAAAGCGACUCCAGUGUAUAUAGCUUAGGGGGUAUUCUAGUGUAGAGACACGAAUUUCGGACGUUUUUUCGAGUUCCGUUAAAAAUAAACAAAAAAUAUUUUUAGUAUUCAUUAUACCAUUAUUAGUUUAUCUAUUUUUUAGCAAUAAAACAAAAACAGAACGGUAAAAAAUAUUCAUAACUAGAAUAGUACAAGUGAAGAGGUUCGGAAAAAAUUGUGUCAUGGCGUACACGAUUCCAGCCAUUCUGGUUAUCUGAAACAAAAAAUCGAACAGAUUUUGGAUCUGUAAAAAUGCCGCUAUCGCAUGAACCUCAGAAAAGUCAAAACCAUGAUUUUUGACAAAAUGGCGGCCAUUAGAAAUAAAAAAAAUGCUGUCAAAACAUUUUUUACGUCUCCCGAUUUUUUUUUAAAUAGUAAAAAUAGUAAGUAGUGGUAAUAGUAACACAGGUCGGACUCGAUUAUCCGGAGUAUUUUAUUUUUGAUUUUCGGAAAUUUUGAAUAAUUUGUAUAAUAAUUCCAUAUUGAAUAUAUUAGGGUAUCAAAUGAAAGGGUUUGACUAGUAGAAUACAGUUAUUUAUGAAAAAUGUAAAUCCAAGAUGGCGGCCACUACAAAAUGGUGGAUUUCAUAUUUUCUCAGAACCCUAUCAAUAUGGGUAUCAAAUGAAAGGGCUUGACUAGUAGAACACAUUUAUUUAUGAAAAAUUCAAACCCAAAAUGGCCGCCACCACAAGAUGGCGCCAUAUAUAUUUUUUCACAACCCCAUCAAUAUGGGUAUCAAAUGAAAGGGCUUGACUAGUAGAAUGCAAUUAUUUAUGAAGAAUGCAAACCCAAGAUGGCGGCCACUAAAAAAUAGCGGAUUAUAUAUUUAUAUAUCAUAAUUAUAUUACAUUUACCGAGAGAAAAUUCAUUUUAUUUUUAUGACUCGAUUAUCCGGAGUAAAACAAAAUCAAUACUCCGGAUAAACGAGUCCGACCAGUAGUACAAAAAUAUCAUGUUUUAUUGGUUCAUGCGUUAGAGACGCCAGUUGAAAAAACUAGUUUGGUAAUUGUUAUAGUUAUAGAUACCGCAUCACUAAAAUGGCUAUAACUUGGUAAAUAAUGGGAUUUAAAAAAAAGUAUUCUUCUUUCCUAAACAUCAUAAAUAUGAUGAAAAAAAAAUUGAUAUUUUUUCAAAUUUCUACACUAGAAUACUGUCUUAAUGGCCGAUCUCUGAAAACUAAUUCGAACACCAAUAUACCAACUUCAUAAUACUUCUUAAUCUCUUGCCUUUAUUUAUGUUCAUGGUAUAAGACUAAUGUAUCAUCCUUAGUGAUGGAACGAGGCACAUAAUCCUAGCUAUACUUUUAAAACGCUUCAAAUGUUGCUGAGAAAGUGCGAAUGCGAAUUUAUGACAGAUUUUUUAAACUCAAAAUACCAACCAAAAUAUUUAUAUUAUACCCUAAUGGGAUUCCAGGGUUUCUGUGAAAUAUGCCCUUGUUAAUCGAUCAUCUUCCAAAACAAUAACUUGUUUUUUUUUUUGCAACACUUUCUGUUGCUGAUGUACAUUUCGGGCGUUCUGAAUGUGAGUCAUGUUCCGUUCGGCUACGUUUAAAUUCAUUUCAUCUUUACACUAUGUGAAUAGUUUUCCCUCAUUUUUAACAAUCGAGAAUUUAUUUAAGUGGUACAUUAUCCAAAAAUUAUUAUUGAAUUUAUUAGUUACAUUUGAUUUAGAACAUGCCAAAUAUUGUGCCGGGUUUUAUCGAUCCGUCAUUUAGCGUUGAAUUGCUCCUAAAUUCGCUAAUCUGAAACUGCCUCCGACUAAGAGCAUUAACAGAUUUGUUUGCAGAUUCUAAGAAUUCGUCAUUAAAGAAUAUUGUUUCAAUUGAGGUGUUAACCAGCAUUCUCAAAUAUAAGCUCCUAAAAUGCAAAAUACACAACAGCCUCCCUGUGUCUUGCUUUGUGGAACACAGCAUCUCAUAACCGCACACCAGCAUCACUCUGCUAAUCUUAUCUUCUAACCAGCCAUCAAGAGCCGGAUUGUAUAUUUACUUUUUUGAUGACUUCAGUAAUCUGCUCCGAAACGUCUCCGUCUUCGAUGUUGCCAUCGCGCAGGCAGCAGACUGGGCCCCAGGGAUUUGGCGAUUCUGCUUCACGAGAUUGCACAACCGCGAACGUGACCUUCGGCUUUGGUUUGAUCGUAUCUCGAUUGAACACCACGAACUCUGCCAUAAAAGUCCACACACAGCCUAAAUGGUCGUUAAGCUUUGAGUAGAUUUUAUCUAGAAAUCAUCUCACAACACCCUUGGAUGUUGUCUGCCGGAAAGGGAUCGGGAAGAUUAUUGUUCGUUCUGAUGCGCCACUUGUUUUGGCUCGGGAAAGGAGUUUUUUUUCUUAAUGCUCUCAACAUCAAUUAAUUGGACGUCGCUCGAAUGUGCUUGUGCCACAAAUAUGGCAAACUUUGGAUCAUUAAAUCUUGUGACUUUUCCAAAUUCUCGGAAUUUUCUUCAUUUUUACAAUACAUUGAAUGAAAAUUAAUAUUCAGCGUAAAUAAUCCCUUUGCUUUUAACCGAUUCUAACGUAUCAGUUGAAAAAAAAAAACUAAAUGAUUGCAAUUUUAACAAAAAUUUGCCCAGCUACUUCCAUCUCAUUCAAGUUAAAGCAAAAGAAUAAGGUUACCAGUGUCGUUCUGCGGUUGAUUAGCUAACCCGCGUCAACCCUCGCCUUUGAGUUUGUGGAAAUACCACAUUUCUUCAAAUUUAACUGUGCGGCAUAAACAAACGGCAAUCAACUUUCGGAGAGUGAACCAAAAUAUGUCGGAACCGAAAGCAUCAUGCUGUUUGUGUGAGCCAAUUCACAAACAUCCAAUCCUGGCCAUUGCUCUUCUUCUCCGCUGGCCUGUGUUUUGUGCAAUUGCACAGCUCUUGAAAACCCAUUAGCCGCAGUGUCUCAACCAUACCAUACCAACCCGCACUCGUCGCUCACUCAAUGUUUCCAGUUGUAACACAAUGAAUGCCCUCAAAGUUGGACAUUAACACAAAGUGUUUCAACAUACUUUCUUGCUUUCGAGCCCCGUUUGAUUACACUGACCGACGAUUCAUUCACACGUGUUCCCGGAAGUGUAGCUUAGUGGCCAUACGCCAUAUCCAGUUUUAGCGUCUUCUGUCCAGUGGAAGGGGCGGAUGGGUUGCGGUUCAACCCAGGCAAAACGUAUCGUGAGAAAAAUAAUUAUCGCUUGAUGAAUAUAGGGGAUUGUGAAGAUUAGCUCACUUCAGCAGUGUUUUGUGAUUACGAUCACACCGAGGGCCAAAUGUGUUUUUUUAUUUUCUCUCGCUUCAUUGGAAAAGUUUUAAUGUAAUGACGUCUGUUGAUUCUAUCUAGAGGGUGAGGGUGGGAAGGCUUGAGGUCAUAUUUUGCAAAACUUUUUCUAUCCCUAAAGUGACAUUCUGGACUGUUAGCAGAACAAGUUAUGACCUAAUGGCGAUGCUAUUCUCACGACGAAGGUGAACAAUACACUUUCGCGUGACUGUGAGCUGUGUUCAGUUUAGAACAAUUUUAUUAGGCUGCCACUGUGCUCUCUGUCAAAAUUGCAAUUAAAGUUAAUGAUGGAGGCGCAUACUGGCCAUUGUUGGAAAUGUUCUCAUGGGUAUUUUCUUUUGAGAGUAUGCUUCGACUUCGUUAUUCAAAUAAUGACAUAGACUCAUCUAUGCCCAUUCAUUUAUUUACAAAUUGAUUAAGCUACCAAUUCAGACAGCUGCAGACAGCGAAUAAAUAUUGACAGAAUUGAUGAAAGGAAUACAAUGAAUAGGAUUGUUAGAGAUUCAGAGAUAUUGAGUGUAUCUUUCUCUAAUCCAGUCAAACUCAAUCUGCGGCCCGGCGUGCUCUUCUGGUUUGCUCGUUCUACAGACAAUGUUGAUAAAGAAAAUAUUACAAUAUUGCAAUAAUUAUUAGAUAUCGCACACAGUGAUGCAGUUUUGUUCGGUGGAGGCAUCGUACCGAUUUUUAUGCCGUCUGGUGGAGAGUGCUUCGGUAUUUUUGCACCACAUCAUUUUUGCACUUGUACUGGGGUGUAAGUCUAAAAUUUCAAAGGCGAGAGCGUUUCGUUUGGGUGCAAGGAUUUGAGCGUUAAUACUGGUUUGCCGACUAAACGAAGUGGUAUGACAAUCACAUUCGAAAGUUAAAAGGUGUAUGAGUGAUGUCUGUUACUUAUUGACUCAACAACUUUUUUUAAAUUUUCACAACUAGUGCGCUACAUGCAUAGGCAACAAGGACUCAAACCUCGUGCAUUGUUCGCGCGAGAACAAGAAUGAAUCAUGAAUCACCCAUAUUUAACUACAUCUACGAGGCCACACAAACGCGUCCUUUACAGGACCACAUAAGAUUUUUUUCUGAAAAUUUCGAUGCAUACUAAAAUAAUAACCAAAGCAAGCAAAUAUAAAUAUUUCCAAUCUUCAAAAUUUUUGUUUCUCGUCGGUUAUAAUUUCGUAGUCCUACAUUAACAAUGCGGCCUUAUCUUGGACACCACCCUUCAUUCUUUCCCCUUUUAUUCCGUGCGGCGAAUGACGUUUGUAUCUUUGUGGCCCGCAGCGCCGUGGCUAAGGCAUGUUUGUGGCUUCCCUGAUAAAAAGGUUAUGUACCACUAUGCCCAUGUUUGUAUAGGAGACGUAAACGACAAAAUGAACAAAAUCAAACAAAAUGCGAACAUACAUUUUUUGUUUGUGCAGCUUUCAUACAUCGCUCGAAAAUCAACAAUUACCAGUAUUAUGUGCUACGAGGGUCACUAUUUAUAUUUCGGGAAUUGGCAACACUGAUGUCAUGAGAGUCCAUCUGACGGUUCCAUCGUAAAGUUUGACAUUUUUGACGAUAUACGUACUCAGAACAUUUUGUCAUACGGACGCUAUUUGUUUAUUUUAUAUUUAGUUAAAAGUUUGGUCUCGGCAAAAAAAUGGAACUGAAUCAUGAACAUUUUCGUGCGAUGAUUUUUUACGACUUUCGACGUGGAUUAUCACAACAAGAGUGCGUCAAUCAACUUAAUUUGACUUUUGGCGAUGAAGCUCCAUCAACUGUGUAUCGCUGGUAUAGUGAAUUCAAUCGUGGUCGUAGUUCGCUGUCCGACGAGUUUCGUGAAGGUCGUCCAAAAUGGACUGUAGUGCCAGAAAACAUCGAUGCUGUGCACGAAAUGAUUAAGCAAUAUCGUCAUGUAACCUAUUGUGAGAUUGAGGCAUCCCUAAGCAUUAGUUCCACCAGCAUAUAUGCGAUUUUACAUGAACACUUAGUUGUGCGAAAAUUAUGUUCACGUUGGAUCCCAAAUAAUUUGGCAACCGCUCAGAAAAAAGGCUCGUGUCGAUUGGAAUAAAUGCUUUGAAAAUUGGUUUAAGCGCAUGCAAAAGUGUAUCGAUCAUCGUGGCGAGUACUUUGAAAAACAAUAAAAAUAUAUUCGCAGCUUAACUAUUUGUUUUUGUUCCUAUUCCCGAAAUAUAAAUAGUGACCCUCGUAUAAGCUGUUUCUUUGUAGAGUUCAAACAUGCCUUUCAUGAUAGUAUCUUAUCACUUAGCGUUUCCCAAUAGUUGAAUAUUAGAAAUCGUUCAAACACUGCUUAUAUAGUUACUAUUCUCUGUUCACUGCAUUGCUAUGAACGUAGAGAAGCAUUUUCGUUUUUUAUAUUGUAACUACUUGAAUUUAAAUUGCAAUUGCAAUUUUCAAUUAGAUAAUGAAACAAUCAAAUCAGUAGUAAAAUAUAUAUGAUAUUGGUUUUUAACAUUAUCACUCAUCAUAUUAGACAUCGAAUAAUUCAACGUACUCAACAUAACGUAUCAACGUUGGUGUAAGUGAAAAAAACAAACUCUAAAUGACCAGUCAAUUUUGUUUACUUAUUUUUAUAAUGAUCAGUUACAUAAAUGAACAGCCCAUUUUAUCAUGAGUCAUCAAUAUAUACAAUACUUAUUCAGUCUACCUGGUAUCCAGCCGAAGAUUUACGAUUUAGAUACAGCUGUAGAAUAGAAAUUUUACUGCAAAUUCAGCUGAUUAAUUUAUUUUGCGAACGUCUAUUUUGAAUACUUUACCCAAGCGCAAUAGAACACAUCGAUAUUUUUUUAUUUUCUAUUUCAUUCUUUAUUUGCCAAUCUAAUACAACAAAUUUUAAAAUUUUAAUCAAUAGUCAUGUAUAUCUAUAGGUAUUAGAGCCAAAACUUUUUUUUUUAUAAAAUCCUUUUGUGAUUUUUGAAACUGAAGGUCAAUGAAAUUAAAUGGAGGCUUCAAGACAUCUUUCAGUUAUUUUUUGUCAAUAUCUUCAAUUUCUUCAUGUGAUGGUUAGUUCAUUGGAAUUUCUUCUAAACCUAGUUGAUUUUAUCCGACAACAACUGAAACUAUCGACGGAGACGUUUUGAUUAUUAUCAGAACAGUAAGUGCUUACGCUACAGACAAAGCAACCUGGUUGUUACGUCUAGCUAUACGAACAAAUGGUCAUUGAAACGAUUGAUUGUCCGCAUAAAUAGACGCAAACGUUUUCCAAAUGGAAAAAAAUAUGUUUUAAUCCGCAAAAUCUCCUAGGCUCCUUUUUUGGCGAUAAUAUCCUUCAACUGGACAGAUCAUUUCAUUGGGAAUUUGCAUGUUUAUGCUUGUAGGCCAAAAAACAACAAAAAUGCGUUUUCCCAACACUAAUGGUGUUGGUGAUUACGUCUCCUAUGCAUACAUGGGCAGCACUGCUCUAAUCAAAGUGGAAAAGAAGAUGAUUUCAUAAUGCAUUGGGAACUUGAUUAUUGAACGUGUACAUUCCGUCGUGAAGAACUGAUAUUCAGGCAACGGUAUGUAGUCACUAAUUAAUUACUAAAAAAAGGAUGGACAGACAACGUUUGAAGAAGGAGGAGCUUGAAAGAGCAAUGCAGGCCAUCAAGAACGGAUUUUCUUUGACCAAGCAUCGAAAGUGUUUGAAAAUGCUCUAACAACAGUGAAAAGAUCCAUACAGAAUUCGAGAUGGUCUCAAUCUAAUUUUUCUGUUCUUGAAUCUAGCUAAGACACCUGGUAUCGAUCCCAGAACACUGUUACUGAUUGUAACAUAAUCCCAAAAUACUUUACAUACACAUAAGUAUGUUUUUUUUUCGAUGAUCACCCCGCUUCAAAUUUUCAUGUCCAAAAAUUAUCUCUUUUAUUCUAUGAUAUAUUUGGUAAUUUGAAGCUUGAUAUAAUGAUUAAACAUUAUUGAUUGAAAGAAAACAAGUAUACCUCAGUAUACAACGUGACAUUUUUUAUUUAGACCAUAUUGGUUUGGAAGUAUUAGGUGAUUAGGGGGUCCCCCUAUUUCCCCUAAUUAAUGUGUCUCGAUGACCUCUAUUCUGAUCAUGCUUUGUCCGAAUCGCUGAUGUUGGUUUGUACACAUGAUUACUAUGGCAACCGCUUAGCGCGCUUCAGUUUGUUAGUUUUGUUUUGUUGUUCUCUGCGCGAGAUAGGAAUAGUUUCUCUGCGUUGAGAGCUGUUCACCUUUAAAAUGCCCAAGAAAAGAUUGAUUAUUAUUCCAGUGAAUCAAAGUUCCAGUCAUUCGUUGGAAAGCUACUGUCAUUGUGCGUCUUUUUCAGUAUAUGUCAAAAAGUUGAAGCGUAAACAACUUUCGAAUAUGUCGAAUUUCGUACCAACGAGAGUGUUUUUGCGGGGAGUGUUACUUCAUCACUUCAAUAUGAAGAAAAAAGCUGCGGAAAGUCAUCGCAUUUUGGUGGAAGUUUAUGGUGACUAUGCUAGGCAACGUGUCAGACGAGGUUUGCACGGUAUAAAAGUGGUAAUUUUGACUUGGAAGACGAAGAACGUUCCGGACCGCCAAAAAAGGUUGAAGAUGAAGAAUUGGAGGCUUUACUCGAUCAAGAUCCGUCACAAAUGAAACAAGAACCUACAGAUACACUUGGAGUAGCCAUAUUCAAUCGUUUAAAAGCAAUGGGAAUGAUCCGAAAGAUAGAACACUGGGUUCCGUAUGAAUUGAAGCCACGUGAAAUUGUGAAAUGUGAAAUGUUAAUUCUGUGAAGCAGUGGUUGUUUUCAUUCGGUUCUGUCUCGCGUCUGAACAAAACAAUGAAGUUCAUAGCAGAACUUAUCAAUGAAGAUAGUUAUUAUAUUCAACACUAUAUACAUCAUAUUAAUCGAACUCUUGUAUACUCAAUUUUAAUUUAAAAAAAAAGUAGACCUUUAGUUGUGGAACUAGAAUGUACUGGAAUACCACGUGUUCUACUUUCGGAUUCAAACUACUCUGUUAAUGAGCCUUAUCACUUUCUUGCAAUUCGUUUCUACACCAUUUUGAACACAAUAAAUAAUUCCCUAAACUAAUAAAAAAACUAACUAAAAUUUGUUGAUUAACGUGUAUCCUAAAAUAUAUGUAUUCUUCUCUA